AUUACCUUGUGCUCAUCUCAUUCUAUUUUCAUUCGCGAAAAACCAUGUGUGUAUUGUUUACUUAUAUUAUUUUACUUUGAAAAAAUGGAAAACAGUGUCGUGAAAAGCUUUGCGGUUAAUUAUAAGUCCAUAAUAAUAGAUGAAAUCGCGUUAGAAGGCUUAGAAGGUACAGGUAUUGAUUUGUUAUGGAGACGAAUACAAAAACGUAUUUGUUCAGACUUAACAGAGAAAAUGAAAGUUCGUUACUGGAAUUAUAUUGUAAAUUCUGGUAAAGUGUCUUUCUACAAACUGCCAGAACCACUGCCGCAUUUCGAACUACUGGAUAGAUUCGAAAUUAUUGAUGAAGCAACCGGCCACCUGAAAGAACCUGAUGUAUUACUAGAUGGUCCAUACGAAUAUAAGCCAAUAGAAGGCGAACAUGGUUCCUGUAGAUACUAUGAAACACGAAUAUUAAUACCAAUAGAGUACCUUCAUACAAAAACUUAUAAAGAAAUAAUGACAGAGUAUGGGGACACAUUGGUAAUUGUUGCGAAUGAAGAAGAGAGGUGGCAUGCACUGGCCCCACACUUACCGAUAAGUACUAUUGCUAAUUUAACCAAUAUACAUUAUUGUAUGUUGGAGCUAAUUGGUAGAUCUAGAGAUAAUGGUCAAUCAACAAUAGGUCUAACAAAUCUGAACAAAAUAGUCAAAGAUCCAAAAACACUGUUCUAUAAUAGAAAAUAUUUAAGAAACCAGGACCUGAUUAAGACAAGUCUUGUUACGGAAACUAUAGCAGGGAAAGGAUUUAAGGCACUAUUGGUUCGACUAAAGAGGUUUAAUCAACCCAGUGUCUUGACUAUGCCCAAAGUGGGCAUACUACACAAUGUUGUAGAAUAUCUCCUACAACAACCAAACUUCAGUGAAAAGACUGAAGUUAUAGUUAAAAAAGGUCUUAUAUCCCAAAAACAAAACAGAAGACUGCAAAAAACUGUGAAUAUUUUCAAUUUUGAAGAAAGAAAUAUAAAACCUGAUGAAAAAAAUAAAUUGAAAACAAAUAUUAAAAGAAAGUUCAUCUACCUUUCAUCUCGGAAUGAUGAGUCCUCAGAGUCUGAUGAGGAGUCACAGGAACCUCUGAUGAAGUGUCAGUACAAAGUUGGUGUAAGCCUUUUGCGACAGGCUUAUGAAAGGUUUCUUGAUGCAGGCCUUGAAGGCCUCACGCAGGUCCAAUUGGCCCAACAGCUUGGUGUGGAGUUCUAUACUAGUAGGGGUAUAUGUAGAAUGUUCAGAAUCAAAAAUAUUGUUAGAGAAUUUCUUGAAGAUAAAGGAAAGCAAAGAACUGCUAGAUUCAUAGCUAGAGCAAUAAAAGGAGAUAUGGAUGUUAAAUACACAGAAGAAAAACAGAAAUUCCUGGAAUAUUUGAAUGAAUUACGUGUCCCGAGAGAGGAAGCCGAGCCUUCUGAAGAUGAAGUACCAGCUAAGAAAAUGAAACUAGAAACACAGCCUUCUACUAGCAGUAAUCCUACUGAUGUAACCAAAGAGAAUUCUGACGAAGAUAUUAUUGCCGACGUAGAUAUGACCCCAGAAAAAGUAAUCACGGAAGUAAAAGUUCUCGAUGGUAUUGAAAAAACCAAAACCCUUGGAAGCUUUACAAGGAACCCAACUUUGAGGCAGCUGACUUUCGCAAAUGGUGUGUUCAAAGUCCUCAAGAACAAACUAUGUGUCAGCGGCUAUAUAACGCUCAGUAACCUCGCUUCCAAAGAAAUCAACGAACCUCCCAUGGACACAAAAGCCCUUAAAUCAUUCAUACAGAAACUUGUUACUGAUGGCCAUAUCAAAAUUUAUAAAAUUAAAUGGCCUGGCAUGCAAAAGUACUCGGUCUUUAUUUGUGCCCCUCACGUCAAAGCCACAGAUCCCAUAAUAAAAGCGAAGUAUAAAGAGAUAUGCAUGAGAGCAGUAACUAACAAAAGAGUUGCAAUCAAAAAAGAAAUCGCAGAAAAUAUUACUCCUACUAUAACACAAUUCGCGAACCCACGAUAUAUGAAAAUACAGAAACUUCAUGAAUUCCUCACAAAAUUUGCCUACUUUGAGCAUGUCAAACCAGAAUCGCAUUCAUUACCUGCAGGCUUCGUCAGCAUCGUUGAUUUCAUACAGGAAGUAACGAUAAAAUUCGCUAUCCAAAACAUGGGCAGCACGGCACUUGUAGAAAUUAAUCAGUUGGUCAACCAGAGCCAGCUAGAUAUCAAACUGAAAGAUGCUCCGCCACACAUUUACAAAGCUCUGAUGAGGUCUUGCACGCUACAAAAUGCAAUAAGACUCAAUUUGAAAGUACUAGCAAUGUUGGGCCUUAUCCAACUAGUUCGCCCGCCGAAUCAGACGACAAAUAACAUUGGCUUCAUAAAUUACACCAGCUUUCUGUUCUAUGUGAAUCGAAACGCCAAAAUAAUAGACACCACUGGCAUUUGGCCCAGGGUAAUAGAUGACAAAAUCAAAGAAAAAUCUUAUUAUUUUGAAACGUUUGAGGAUGUCACGCGAUAUUGGCUAGACGUGUUUCAGAUAAGCGUAAAUACCACUAUAGAAUUAGAAAAACGAGGCAGAAAGCAACUCCAACCGCCGCAGCGGCUUGAGGACGAGGUAUUUGCCCAUGACAACGGCGUUCGCUAUGGUGACGGCAAUGGACCAUGUGGAUUCGACUCCUGUUUCUACAUGGAAAUCCCUCGCCUCUGGCAGACAUUCUACAUGCGACCCAUGCAGUCUCGUAGCUCACCGAAAAAGGGCAAGAUUCAGAUAAAAAUCCCCAAAGUAAAGAAAAAGACUAAAGUAAAACGGGAAGUUAAAGUAAAGGCAGCUCCAAAAACGGUGGUUGACAAACCAGCAAACGACAAAUUAACCCGUAAGCGAAAUGAUACUACGAUAAAAUGGUCGAAAUAUGAAGAUUUGAUUAUUACUAUUUGUAAAGCUGCUAUAACAAUAUUGAGUCCUAGUUCACAACCCGGCACUCUCAUUGUAAGAAACAUAGUUGCUAAAGAUUUACUCUCUAUCAAGGAUCCUAAAAAGACCAAAAGCGUGUGCCAUAGUAGAGCUUCAACGCUAGAAACUAAUCUUACACUCAUUCAUGAAAAGCACUGCAUUAUUAAUGAGCUUAAAAGAAGACGAAAUAUAUUACAAAAAUAUGAAGGUUUGUUGAAGAAACUCAGACUGACAUACUCGACUAACAUGACAAAGUUCAUCAACAAGGCGCGCCUACCCAUGAUGGAAUUAGUUUGGGUUAUAUUACAAGUGAUGAAGUCUAAGUCCUAUAUACAAAAAGUGCCAUGUGUGGCAUCGAACCUGGAAGAUUUCUAUGAACAUUUCACGAUCAUAACAUCUACUGCCAACAAAUUGUGCAACAUGUUCAAAGUGCCCGAACAUGUCACUUUGAAGGAAGCUGUAGUCCUCACUAUAAUGCAAACAAUAGACUCGGAAAUUAGUACUGAAUUGGGUAAAAAAAUAUAUAAGACUUUCGAGGGGUACCCUGAGGCUGCCGUGAGGUCCGCUGUAGAACAACUUCGUAAGUGCGGCGCCAUCGCAGCUAAAGAGAAAAUAUUCAACAAUCAAAUGCGAAAACUUGAUUUAGAAGACAUUUGCCAGUCCUCGUAUAAGAUAUCCGCGUUCUAUCAACGCAAAUGGGUGAGUCGGGUGAACUCCGAAUUUCUGGAUAAUUUGAGUACUUUACUGGAUGUAGAGCAAACGGAGAAUGAAGUCAAAGGCUCAGCGGAAAUCAAUUGUUUGUACUGUGAAAUGAAUGCGUAUGACAUUAUAGACAUAGUGUCGACCAGUGCUCCGCUCAUCACAGACGCUGCGGGCGCGCCCAUCAUGCCAGAAGAAAUAAACGUACUAGUCAUCGAUACAAAGUACCGGUUAAAAACAGGAACCUUAAGAUGGAAAAAUAAAUCAAGUUUGUCAAAAAUGUCUGAACUUUAUAGUCAUAUGAAUCUUGAUCACAGUGUGAAAUAUUUAUCCAGUUAUACUUCAGUGGAUACUAAAGAAAUUAAACAGAAUGUCGAUACAAAAGACCCAAUACUAAAACAUCUAGAUGAAGUGGGAGAAAAAGGAGCGUCAUUCGACGAACUACAGAAACUUUCUGCAAUGAGUGAAAAGGAGUUAAUCGAAAAAUUGCAACAAUUAGAAGAUAAGAAGAUUUUGAAACGAGUUGGAUUCUACGAAAAUGUUUUAGUAUUAUCUAAGUAUUUAGCUCCAUGGUCGAUAAAAGUAGGGGAGAAAUACAUAAUAGUUACUCCUUGGUUGACUCUAACGGGUAAAGCAAGGCCGGAUAUAUUUUUCAAGUGGUGUGGUGUUAUAAUGAAUCUUAUAUUCGAAAAGCCAGGUUGCUCAGUGACCUAUUUAGCUGACAAAUGCGAGUAUUUAACGUACAGAUCAGCGCAAGAUGUUUGCAUGUUCUUAGAAAAAUAUGAAUGUAUAAAACUAGCUAUGGUAAACCUCCAACCAGUAGAUUUAUUUUCGGACGAAGACCACGAUCCUGAAAUGACAGACUUUAAUCCCUAUGGGUCACCCGAGAAAAUGAUAGCGCAUCCUAUAAAAAAUUCUCUAACAAAAUAUUGUUAUAUUAAGAAAAAAAUUUUAGGAUCGAAGUCAAAUGACGCUUUAAUGGAUAAGUUAUUUAAAUGUUAAC